AUGCCAUCAACAUUUCCACCGCCUUCUGUCGAGCGACAUCAUUCACGUCGCCGCUCAGGUCGUCAGGAUGAUCCCGAAGCCCAAACUGGCAAUUAUCAACACCGCAUAAGCCACGAGAACACUCCUAGAAAUUCUCAGGAUCCAUACUAUCAGGCCACUUCAGCUGCUGGAGCAUAUCAGACAUUGAAUCCGAGCCAGCAGCAGCAGAAUUACAAUCCCACCCACGACUCAAUCCAAGCACAACAAGCCCCCGGAGACUCUCAAAACACCUCAACUUACCAGCCACCCACCAGCAGCCAUGCACCACAUCAGAGUUCUCACCAUCAGCGAAACACCGGUCAUGGUGGUGCUGGCGGGAGCAGCGGUGGCCUUCUGUCCACGUUCCAACGUCGUGGUGCCCACACAGAUGGCAGGAAGAGUAACCGCGGCCCUCCUGGUCAUAAUCUCCAGCAUCAACCCUCACCUUUUGACUACAAAUCCCAAGGCGGCCGAUGGGAGGAUAUCCGUGGCCAUAUUGUUGCCAUGUCAGGAGAAUUUGUCGGUACCAUCAUGUUUCUCUGGUUCGCCUUGUCUGCUGCUCAGGUCACAUCCAUGAGCAAUCCAGAUGCAGGAGGUUUACAGACUCCACAGACCCUUCUCUUCAUCGCCCUUGCCUUCGGAUUUUCUUUAACCGUCAACGCUUGGGCCUUUUACCGAAUAAGUGGUGGGUUGUUUAAUCCUGCUGUUGUGGUUGGAAUGGUUGUGGCUGGUACGCUUCCUUGGAUGAGAGGUCUUUUCUUGAUCCCAGCUCAGCUCCUGGGGUGCAUGGUGGCGGCAGCGCUCGUUCAGUGCAUGUUUCCUGGAGACGUCGCGACCACUAUUACGAGGCUAAGUCCUGGUGUCAGCAUUGCAAGAGGAUUGUUUAUAGAGAUGUUCCUCACCGCCCUGCUCGUUUUCACUAUCCUGAUGCUUGCGGCUGAGAAACAUCAGGCUACCUUCCUUGCUCCUGUGGGAAUUGGCCUGAGUCUUUUCGUUGCCGAAUUGAGUGGAGUAUACUUCACUGGUGGCUCCCUCAAUCCUGCACGCUCGUUUGGUCCUUCUGUCGCCGCUCGCUCCUUUCCUGGCCAUCACUGGAUCUACUGGCUUGGUCCCAUACUAGGAGCUCUCCUCGCAGCUGCAUAUUACAGGCUGGUCAAAUAUUUGAAUUAUGAGGAGGCAAAUCCAGGCCAGGAUGCCACGGAUCCCAAAGACCAAUGA